AUGGGCUCUGCUUCACCGCGAAUUUUGGAAUUCUCUAUCGCGGUGCCUGUGCAGAUGAAACUUGGCCAAUUGCAGAAUGUCCCCGAGCUUGCUAUACAGAUUGACUCUGGAUGGGCAAAUCUCUUCCAGUGCAACACAUCGACCAACCUGCUGACCUGCAGCCACGAAGAUACCUCCGCCGGUGUCGUCUGCAAUGGAAACGGUCUGGGCACAUACAACGGAUACACCAAUGCCAAUGUGACUGCCGCGCAAGUCGGGAUCACGGAAGAUACAACAACAACAACGACCAAUACGACGUCUUUGAACUCGAGUUCGAGCACCUCCUCAAUUCCUGACUCGACAACAUCUUCAAAUACCAAUUCCGAGCUUCUUGCCCUUGGAAUUGGGCUUGGUGUGGGACUGGGGGUCCCUUUGCUGAUAGCAACUGGACUUCUGGUAUACUUUGGAGGACAAAAUCGAAAACAGAAGAAGCAGAUCCAGCAGAUCCAGCAGAUAUCUACAAACUAUCCGGUAUUUAGUAGGGUGGGUCCUGCUAGUCGAGCGGAGUUACAUACGUCAAUCAUAUACCCAGAGCUCGAUGGCGGAAUUACUAGCAGGACGGAGCUGGCAGGACCAUCUCUCAAUAUACCCUACAAGAAUUGA